AUGGAAGCCGCCGACUCUGCCUUGGGACAUCUAGCUGAUAUGAUAUCGAUGGUCGGGAAGCGGACACCAGUCACGUGUGCCGCGCUCAGGAUCGUAGGGUACCUCGCCGUCGACAGCAGUUUCACUUUGGAGGAGGAGGGAGGGAAGGAAGGGGGAAGGCCGCAGAGAAGACGAAUAACGGUACCUACCCUCGGGCUGGAUUUCGGCCUUUUUCUCCACUUACCGAAUGUCCUGGAUGACCUUUCGUGGCGUCGCGGGACCGCUGACGAGCGACCAGCGAGCAUCGUGGAAGUAGGGAUGGCCUCCAUGUGGAAGAGGAAGUUUGUCAUCGCCAGCGCUCUGGUGGUGGCGGUGACGCUCUUUGCCGUGGCUGUCCACCAGCCCGCAUUUGGAGAAGCAUUUGGCAGUCACUGGGCGGGUCCGAAGCAAGUUUUCAAGCCUCACCUAGGCUAUGUCAGCAUCCCCAAACAAGAACCCCUGAAGCUGAAGUGUGAGCUUUGCAGUGUGGUGUCCAGCUCAGGCCAGAUGCUAGGCCAAGCGGCAGGGGCAGUCAUAGACAGCUCGCCUUGCAUCUUGCGCAUGAACAACGCACCCACGCGCGGGUUUGAGCGCGACGUGGGCCAACGCACGACGCUGCGGGUGGUGUCGCACACCAGCGUGCCGCUGUUGCUGCAGAGGCCGCAGCACUUCUUCGGCCAAAACAACGAUACAGUAUACGUGGUGUGGGGUCCGUUGCGCAACAUGCGCACCGACGGCAAGGGUGUGGUCUACAACAUGCUGCGGCAGGCGGCUGACAGCUACCCGCACGCGCGCAUUUAUGCCACCACCGAGGACAGGAUGAACUACUGUGACAUGGUCUUCAAGAAGGAGACAGGCAAGGACAGGAUGCAGUCAGGGUCGUACCUCAGCACCGGCUGGUUCACACUGAUCCUCGCCAUGGACAUGUGCAAAGAGAUCCACGUCUACGGCAUGAUCAACGACACCUAUUGCAAGACCGAAGACUACCGCAAAAUCCCCUACCACUAUUACGAGGCCGGCAGCCGGAAAGAGUGCGCUGAGUACCUCCUGCAUGAGAGUGCACCAUACGGAGGGCACCGCUUCGUCACAGAGAAGAAGGUGUUCGCCAAGUGGGCCAAAAAGCACGCCAUCAAGUUCUUCAACCCGUCCUGGCAGCUGUCAUGA